UCAUUGAUAAAUGACUUUGUUAUGAGUUUUGAAAUGAUAUCAUUAAUAAUUGAUGGUGGACCUUUAUUAAUAUUAUAGUGACGACUAUCGUUAUUAAUAAUAUCAGUAAUAGGUCAUCUGAAGUAACCUUCAGGUCAAUAACAAUUUGAGAUCAAUCAAUAUUUAUAUUUACUCGUACAAUCGUAUAUUAUCCUAAAUAAAUAAAAUAUUUCUUGAUAUUCUUUUCCAUCAAAUAAGACCCCAUCAUCAAAUCACUCGAUGCGGGUUUCUGCACGUGUUACUUGAAAUGUUAUGACGUCAAAUCUUUCAUUCUAAAGUUGUUUAUUUAUUUAUCUUAUUUUUUAACGUCUUGCUAUCGAUGAUUGAUAAACAAAUAAAAUAUUUAGUUUUAUUUUGAUAUGUACAAGUUAACAUGAUCAAUAAUUGGCCUUGAUGACUUUUUUAAGUUUCAAUUAAAAUUGAUUUCAGUCAAUGCAAAAUGAUAAUAGCUUAAAUAAAUGUAAAAGUAUAAAAGCAUAUACAUGCAACAACACACGUGAUUAUUUUUUAUCAAGGACAAAUGCAGAUGGCAGCAGACCGUCUAGUGCAAAAAUAUUAUCAUCUUACUUAUAACGGGUUUGCAGAAUUUUCACAAAUAGAAGGUGUUGAGACGCGAAUAGAUACGUGCGUAUUGCAGUCUGAAGAACAAGUUUUUGUUUUAAUUAUUAUUUUUUGAUUUUUUUAUGUUGUUAUUUUAACAAAAUCAUAAUUAAAAGAGAAAAAUUUUCAUAAUAAAAAAUUUAUUGGAAUCGCAAUGUGUUAAUUUCAUUUUAUUCAAUGUAUUGUUUGUGAACUUGACUUCAGAGACACUCUUCUGAAGAAAACUGUCUGUUAUAUUUUGUUAUGAUAUUAAUUAUAAUUUUUUACAAAUUGAACUGCAUUUUCUCAAUUGAAAUAUGAAGUUUUUAUUGAUAUUACUAAGUUACUUUUUAGUUAUUGUUUAUGCUCAAGAUAAAUGUAUGACACCAUCUGGAAGUAUAAGUUCGUGUAUUAUUGUAACAGAGUGUUCAUCAUUAUUGAGUAUUCUCAAAGGUCCGCGACCAAUUCCUCAUGAAGCAUUAGAACUUCUUCGAUUGUCACAAUGUGGAUUCGAGGGAAUGUGGCCAAAAGUAUGUUGUGAACAACCUGUGCAAUUAUCUACAACAAUAGAGCCAGAACUAUCAACAAUACCUAAUCCUCCAGAUGUGGUGAAUCAUUCAAAUGUAAGACUACUUAAUCACACUAUAUGCGGUCCAAUCACUGAGCCAAAAAUAUUUGGAGGGAAUAAAACUGGUGUUCUCGACUAUCCAUGGAUGGCAUUAAUAGCUUACAAUAUCGAUGGUAGAAAAGAAUUUAGAUGCGGAGGAACAAUUAUUAAUAAACGUUACAUCUUGACUGCUGCACAUUGUGUUACAAAUUUACCGUCUAGCCUCACUCUACUUGGAGUUCGAGUUGGAGACCAUGACUUGAAUACCGAACGUGAUUGUGAUAAGGAUGAAGACGGUCUGGAAAUAGUUUGUGCUGAUCAAUAUCAAGAUUUUUUAAUAGAAAGUACUAAAUUUCAUCCGGGUUACGUUCCAUCAAAACUACAGGAUGACAUAGGAUUAAUACGCCUAGCUUUAGAUAUAGACUUUGAACCGAUAAAUGUAAAACCAAUUUGCUUACCUAUUGGAACAGCUCAACGGUUAGGUCAAAAAACUGUCACGAUCACUGGAUGGGGUGCAACUGAGUUUGGUACACGUAGUCUGGAACUUCUUAUGGUUAAUUUAUCUCCAGUUCCUAACGAUGAAUGUGCAAAAGCUUACGAAGGUAAAUCAGUUAUUUGGUAUAAGCAAAUGUGUGCUGGUGGUAAAAAUGGUAAGGAUUCAUGCACUGGCGACAGUGGCGGUCCUCUUCAAUCACCAGGACGUUAUUACAAUGAUGUACGAUACGUUCAAUAUGGUAUUGUAAGUUUUGGGCCACGCAAUUGUGGUAUCGAUGGUUUUCCCGGAGUUUACACGUUUUUACCAUAUUACAUGGACUGGAUAUUGGAUAAUAUGCAAGAUUAAAAUAUUAUACUUCAUGUUCAUAAAUAUUCUUUAAUUUUGUAGUUUGUAAGUUUUUUAUAAGACUGCUCGUACUAUUUUAGUUAUUAUUAUUCUUCAUUUAAUAUUAUUAUAUUAAUCUUGUAAUAUUUUGAAAAAAAAAAAAAAUUAUUUUGCGCACAGUAAUAAAUAAUGUUACAAUUUACGUGUAAAAGUGAUAUGUAUAAAUUUUCGUAAUAAAAAAUUUAACAGUAUAUUUUUAAUUAUAAA